AAUCAGAGGGCGUGUUUAAUGCCCGUGGGAUCCACUCCUUGUUUUCCAUGUGUCCCGGGGGUUGGAAGGCAGCUGAAAGUUCAAACAGAGACACACUCCCUCAUGCUCUGCAUGGCAAGAGCUCAGAGAUUAAGGGGCUUGUCUGCACCGCCAACAACAAGGAUUGCUCACGGUUUGUAACUUGCCAAAGAGGAAGGAUGAUUCAGAUUUUUUAAGUUGCCACUUCUGCAGUUUUUACAGAUAUGACUCUGUUGCAAAACAAGCAGUGGAUAACCUGCUUUUCUUUUGUUCAGCUGCUUGUACAGGACAGGUAAAACGAAAUGUGGGGGAAAAGCAGCUACCACCUAAAUGCCUGUGAGAGUCGGCUGAGUAACGGAGCCAGAGGAUGCAGGUGGUAGCGAGGCUUUGCUCUAACUUGUUUGAAGUUUUUUCCCCAUGUCAAAGGUGAAGGAUUAUGCCUGGCAUAGGAAUUUAGUCUUCAAAUGAAUGACUUUAUGAGCAGAAUCUUAACAACUCCUGGGCAGGAUGAGAACACUGGAUUAUGCUAUACGCUUGUAUAAUUUGAUUUAGUAUGUGUGUUUGUUUAGUGUGGGACACUGUUGGAGUGAAGUGCCAUGCUAUUCCUUAGCAGUGGGACAGUGGACGUGAGCCCAAGGACUACAGUUUUUUGCCAACAACAGCAGGGAAAAACUGUGUAUCACAUCUCUGUAAUCCUCAAAGAAACACAGGGAGAUGAACCGGUGUCAGAGCUGGGAAUGGGCCGGGUCACCCACACCCUGGUGGAGAACUGCCAGCCAGGAGAAGAGAUAAUCACUGCAAUGCCAAUGGAGAACAGCCCCAGGCUGGGCAGGGCACGACAGGAGCUCGACAGGUGGCCCUCCCUGAACCGUGCAGGCAGAGCUGGGAGGCAAAGAGAGGAGGUAGUUGUGGAGGAGAAUGAGGAGGAGUUGGAGGAGGUGGAGGGAAAAAUGAAGACUGACAGGUUUCUGAAACAGCCCUUGAAGAACUCAGGUAGCUACUCACUGCAAGACAGAGACGUGGCAGAGUCAUCUGCCAGCGACACCCAGAAGCAACACAUUCAGAGCUCAACAUCAAGCUCUGUUUCUGUCCGUCCUAAAGGGCUUGUCCUCAGGGAUCAUGGCUGUGUUACAGGACACAACUCUCUGCCGCGGGCGGUGCAGCGAAGGCCAUGUCAGGAUGAAGUCUCUCUUGGCAGGAGAACGCUGAGCAUGUAUGGAGAGCCAGUCAAGCAGCAAAGAGAUUCUUCACCUGAGCAACAAAGACGGCUCCGGAGGCCCAGGAGUGUGUGCAUGCUGGCAGGCCCAGGCUCUGUCCUGUCUGAGGUUCGAGCCCAGCCACUGUUCAGGAGGGCAGGUGAUACAGAGAGCAGCCUGCAGUACAGGAGCAGGAAGGAAGAGCUGAGGGCAGUAGAUGGCCUCAACACUCUGGCAGCUCAGCGGGCUCCGGCCCAUUCAGAGGUGACCCCCAGGGUCCGCCAGAGGAGCUGGAAGCCCAGGCCUGUCAGUAUGACAGUGCUGGAACUGAGGAAGAGGGGCUCUGAUGAUGAGAUAGACAGCCAAAGGAGCUGCAGUCACACAGGCAGUGAUGGAGGAGGCUUCCUCAGAGGGGGCUUUCGUUGGAGGCUAUUUGGCAAAGCACCACAGGAUAAGAGCAAAGAGAAGGAUGGUGACAAAGAUACUACAUCUUCGCCUAAGUUCAACAAGGCUGAUGCUCCAAGAAGUACACUGAGCUCACUAAGACGGAGUCUCAGUCUGCGAAUUAGGAGGACUCGCCCAAGAGACAAAGUUCCUUUUGAGGUGGAAUCUAAGGACUCUUCUCAGAUUAAAAGUGACACUGGGGGAACUGCAAUGCCUCCUAGACCUUUCUCAUACCUAACAGGGAGAACACUUCCAAUUUCCAAUGAGCAGAUAGAUGAUGGGGGAAUGCAGUAUAUUCAGUACCACAGCAGGGGGAAGGUCAAGGUAAUGGAGGUACCCCUCUGUCCAACAAAAUUGUCCACUAAACCAAUUCAGGAAGAACCAAGCAUAUGGCAGCUCAUAGCCAACCGUUUCAGGAGGAAAGAGCAGUCUUGCAGUGGCAAAUGUGAAUCCCAGCAGUCCCAAAGCAAAGACACCAGCCAGUUUCCCCUGGCUGGAAAUAAUAAGUCACAGUCAGUCACCAUAGAGACUCUGGCAGGCAUUAACUCCCACAAAGGUCAAGACUCUUUCGUCAACAGCCAGGAGUGGACAUUGAGUCGGUCUGUGCCAGAGCUGAAAGUGGGGAUUGUGGGAAAUCUGUCCAGUGGGAAGUCUGCCUUGGUCCACCGGUACUUGACGGGCACAUAUGUGCAGGAGGAGUCUCCUGAAGGUGGACGGUUCAAGAAAGAAAUAGUCGUGGACGGGCAGAGCUACCUUCUUCUGAUCAGAGAUGAAGGAGGGCCUCCAGAAUUGCAGUUUGCUGCCUGGGUGGAUGCGGUGGUUUUCGUCUUUAGCCUGGAGGAUGAGAUCAGCUUCCAGACAGUCUACAAUUACUUUCUACGCCUAUCGACCUAUAGGAACACAGCUGAGGUCCCCAUGGUCCUAGUUGGAACACAAGAUGCAAUCAGCGCCGCUAACCCCAGAGUGAUCGACGACUCGCGGGCCAGAAAGUUGUCAAAUGACCUGAAACGCUGCACGUACUACGAGACCUGCUCCACUUACGGCCUAAAUGUGGAGAGAGUCUUCCAGGAUGUUGCCCAGAAGGUUGUGGCCAUGAGGAAAAAGCAGCAGCUUUCUAUUGGUCCAUGCAAAUCUCUCCCUAACUCUCCCAGCCACUCAUCAGUCCCCGCUGCAUCCAUUCCCUCCGUUCACAUUAACCAGGCGGCCAAUGGAGGGGGUGCAUUCAGCGACUACUCCUCCUCUGUUCCCUCCACCCCCAGCAUAAGUCAGCGGGAGAUGCGCAUUGAGACCAUCGCUGCCUCCAACACGCCCACGCCAAUCCGCAAGCAGUCAAAGCGCCGCUCCAACAUUUUCACAUCGCGGAAAGCCAGUGAGCAAGCAAAGAGCGUUGACAGUAAAACAGACAGCAUAGGCAGUGGAAGGGCCAUACCUAUCAAACAGGGAAUCCUUCUGAAGCGAAGUGGCAAAUCCCUCAACAAGGAGUGGAAAAAGAAAUAUGUCACACUGUGUGAUAAUGGCGUCCUCACUUACCACCCCAGUUUACAUGACUACAUGCAGAAUGUUCACGGAAAGGAGAUCGACCUGUUGAGGACGACAGUGAAGGUUCCGGGGAAGCGGCCGCCCAGAGCUGUAGCCACCGUAGCUCCGACCGCUAGUCCCAAAACCAAUGGGCUGACCAAGGACCGCAGUACCCUGCAGCUGGGCAUAGGGAACACAGGCGCCCCUCACUCCAACAGCAGCUCGUCCCUCCAGACAGGUGGCUCGGCGUUCGGUAAAGACGGUAUGCACCAACGCUCCUUCUCCGUGUCCAGUGCCGACCAGUGGAAUGAAGCCAUCAACACCAGUACAAGCAGCGGCGCCCCCAACGGGACGGGCGAUCCUGCAAAUUCCAGCAUGGGCAGCGCCACAAGUCCUAAACUUGAACCACCUCCUUCUCCACACGCCAACCGCAAGAAACACCGAAGGAAAAAGAGCACGGGCAUCACGAAGCCAGACGGCUUAUCUGCAGGCAAUGAAGAGCAAGAGGAUUCCUUUGAGUUCAUCAUAGUGUCGUUGACGGGUCAGACGUGGAACUUCGAAGCGUCCACGUACGAGGAGAGGGAGCUGUGGGUCCAAGCCAUCGAGAGCCAGAUCUUUGCCAGCCUUCAGUCGUGCGAGAGCAUAAAGAACAAAUCUCGGUUAGGCAGCCAAAGUGACGCUAUGGCCAUUCAGUCCAUACGAAAUGUGAGGGGGAACAGCUUCUGUGUCGACUGUGAUGCACCAAAUCCAGACUGGGCCAGUUUGAACCUGGGCGCCUUGAUGUGUAUCGAGUGUUCGGGGAUCCACAGGAACCUGGGCACCCACCUCUCCCGCGUCCGCUCCCUAGACCUGGACGACUGGCCGGUGGAGCUGAGCAUGGUGAUGACCGCCAUCGGAAACUCGAUGGCCAACAGCGUAUGGGAGGGAGCGCUGGAAGGGUACUCCAAGCCGGGGAGCGACAGCACCAGGGAGGAGAAGGAGCGCUGGAUCCGAGCCAAGUACGAGCAGAAGCUGUUCCUGGUGGGGCUGCCCCAGUCGGACGUGCCCCUGGGGCAGCAGCUGCUUCGAGCCGUGGUGGAAGAUGACCUGAGGUUGGUGGUGGUGCUGCUGGCCCACGGCACCAAAGAAGAGGUUAAUGAGACCUACGGGGACGGAGACGGACGCACCGCUCUGCACCUCUCCUGCGCGAUGGCCAACGUGGUCAUCACACAGCUGCUCAUAUGGUACGGCGUGGACGUGAAGAGUCGGGACGCUCGUGGUCAGACGCCGUUGUCCUAUGCUCGGCGAGCAGGAAGCCAGGAGUGCGCAGACAUCUUACUUCAACAUGGCUGCCCCAACGACACCGGCAGCCUGGCCUCCGUCCCCACGCCCAACAUGAGCCGUCGCAACCCCAACCCCAACAUCAACAACAACAACGCUCAGUGUGAGCUCAACCGCAGUAUUAGCAUCAUGUAGGAGCCAGAGAGUGGCCGCAGACAAACACAUCCGACCUUGAACCCGCCCUAGUCUCUUCCCAGUACCUCCUCUGUUUCACACUGUGUAAUCCAGAACAAGCACCAACGCGGAGAUAUCAGGAGUGACGGACACGAUGUUGAUAUUCCACUACGCUGAAAGAAAGAAGUGGGUGUUUGGGGUUCGGACAAUGUACAUUAAUUGUUUUAUAUUAUUAUUUGUAUUUGUCUGUGUUUGUAAAACCCAUUCAGUCUUGGUUUUAAAUGGUUACGAUCAGCUUUAAGCUUUUUUUGUUUUUUGUUUUUUAAGCAUCAACCAAACAAAUGACUUACUUUGGCAUUCAUACCUACCCUACGAAAGCAUUUCCUUAAUGCUCGAACAUUUCCUUUUAUGUCUUCCCCUUUCUUGAACAUGAACUGAUUUUAUAAUGAGGGUGAAUGAGAAUUUCCUUCAGAUUCCAAGCCUAAGUAUAAUAACAUAAAACUGUGAGGAAUAGUUUUUCAAGUGACGAAACAAUGAUGUGAGAAAGAAACUAAAUCUUCCACCGUACCAGUGGCUGCUACAGCUUUAGUAAUGAUGCAUGUCUUCAACACAGCUAUCAAACUCUUGACAUACUGUUCAUAUACAAGGCAAAGCAAUUAUGGUUAAAAAGUCCAAAUGAUUUAGACACUUAAUUUGCGGCAAAAUGGAUUCGGAUUCCCAUAAAGGGGUUGAUUGCAGAAUUCCUUUUGGGUGAAAGUGAGUCAUUUCCAUCGUCACCCUUAUCAUGAUCCUCUAGUAGAAGUGUCCAUUACUAUAGAGGAAUUAAGGGGCAUGAUGUUUUAUGUCCAUUGACGCACACAGCUUUGUACGUGUGCCUCUUCAAUCAGAAUUUAUUCAGAUCCGAAGCUUUCCUUGAAACAUUGAGAUUGUGCCAUUAUGAUCUCUUUGUUGAAGUAAUUUUUACACAUUGACUAGAUUGCGUCGGUAAUUGUUUGACACCGAUUUCACACAAUUUCAAGCAAGAGUGUACUGGAAUAUCCCUUCACCUCCUGUGGCCUAAGGCACCAGAUUGGUACUCUCAAGAGCAUUUCUUCUAUUGUUGCUGUGAAAUACAUGUACGGUACUGUGAGUGUGUGUGUGUGGAUGUAUGUGUGUGUGCGCACGCAUUCGUACAUACGUCUUCAUCUGUGACCACGCGCAGCAGAGAUCAACCGGGCAUUUCUGUUCAUAAACAUCGGAGAAAGGACACUGGAGAGAAGACGAACGUCCGCAGUGACGAUGUGGGAGCAUAACUGUGUUUUAAUGUACAGACCGCUGUAAAAAGUAGUUCUUGUUCCUUCACCUUAUUCCUUAUACAAACAGUUUGGACUUAUUCUGACUUUUAGAGUCAAUGAAACGUACCCUUUUCCUUGUCCUUAAACCUGUGUGCCCUCUCCCGUCCUAAAAGCCUAUAAGCCUAAAAAGCAGGGACUUAACAAAUGCAUUCAAGCAACAGGCAUAAGACUGACAGAUGCAGCAAAGAAUAGACUGACAAAUAAAAAAUGAGCAAGGUUUAUAGACACUUGUUGCAUUUAGAGAAAUGUAAAGUAUUCCUGUGUGUUACUUCAAGACAUGAUAAGCCAUUUGAAGUAGUAAGUCAUAUGAGCAGAACUGAGUUCAGGGGAGGUUGGCACAUGUCUGUUUAUGUUGUAUUUUCCCUUUUAUUCGACUGCCAUUUUAAAGGUUUUAAACCAUCUUUGUUUUAAGGGUUUACAAUGCCAGGAUGUAUGUUUACAGAGCAAGUUAUUAACUUGGUACCUUAUCUACAUAAGAUUGAUGUUGCUUUACAGUAUUUUAGCUCACAGACAGUGAAUAUGUGGUCACUAGAAGACAUUAGGGGGUUUCUAAAGGAGUAGCUUGAUAUUUUGACUAAUUCACUUGCUGAAAGCCAGACGAAUUGAUCUACACGUCUCUUGUCUGUGUGUAAAGAGGCUGUUAGCUUAGCAUGAAGAUUGUGUCGCAGGGAAAAAGAGUUAGCCUUGCUUUCGGAAAUUUGGCAAAAGAAGCACUACUAGAAAACCCCUUAUUUAUGUGUUGUAUUGUUUGGUUGAUAAGUAAAAUUACAAACAAUAAGUAGGAGUUAAAGGGAGAGUUGUGUAUUGUACUCUUUAUCAAAGCUAAGGUAGCUGGUUUCCACUUCAGUCUUGAAGCUAAGCUAGGCUAACAAGCUAACUCUUAGUACAAAGGGAAAUAAGUUUGUCAAAAUGUCCAACUGUUCCUUUAAAAUAUCCCACAACUGGCCACAAAUUCAACCAGAUUACAUAUGAACUAGCUACACUUGUACUGUACAGUGGUACUGGCCUUAUUUCCAACCUUUACUUGAUUUUACUGAGUACAGUAGUCCGAGGGGAUUACUAGGAGACUUAAAUGUGUACAGCGAUAACCUGAAGCCACACUAUUUACAAACUGUAGAUGCUAAGAAAAAAAAA